AUGGCGCCCCCAAUCCGUCCCUUCCCCUUCCCCAUUAACAUCGGCACAGACAUUUGUCAAAUCUCACGUAUAUAUACCAUCCUGCGCGGGCCCCGCCGCACACGCUUCAUCAACCGCGUCCUUGCCCCCGAGGAAGUUGCCUGGCACGGCGCGCGGCUGAACUGGUCGGCGGCUGAUUUGAAGACGGACCAUUCCCCCGGCGACGGCGGCGUCAGGGGCACAGACUUGUGGAGGACGGCUGCGUUUGUGGCAGGACGGUUUGCCGCCAAGGAGGCCGCCAUCAAGGCACAUUCGCGCCGGAGACUCACCUUUCACGAUGUCAUAAUCGAGCGGAGGACGGCGGGUGGCGGGGCGGGGGAGACGCUGGGGAGCGGACCGCCCGUGGUGAGGAUCAGGGCCGGUGCGAGGGACGGCGAGGAUGUCUGUGCUUUGGUGUCGAUUAGCCAUGACGGGGAUUACGCGACUGCUGUUUGUGUUGCGCACGAUGAUGAGAUGAUGAGGGCGUCUGAGCCUCUGAGGCGUUCUUGUCAUUGUCACCUCGGCUUCGGCGAGACGUUCGUCUACCUCAAUCUCCUGUACUACGUGAGCACCCUCAUGCUUCACCGCGAGUACUUCCCCUUCCUGCCGACCCCGGAGUCGGAGCCACGGGGUCCAGUCGACCAGCCCAUGCUGGGGGCGCCCGCCCCCGAGGGCUGGUGGGACGACAGCUCCCGACUCCUCUUCGGCGCGGCAGAGCACAUCGCCGCCAUUCUACACGAGGCCUCCGAGUGUGGCGUGCAUCUCAUGACGCCCUUUGCCGGGUUCUGCGCAUUCUCAGCCGGCUACCUCAACCUCUACGUGGCGAAAUACCCCCGAAUGAACCUGGGCCGCAGCCCGCGAGCAAGCGACUGUCUCAAAAUGUGUCUCGACUACCUGGAAAAGUUUCGACUUGUCUGGAAAAUCGCCGACGGAUGGGGCGGCACGCGCAAGAUCAAAACGAUACACCAUGCAUCCGUGCUCUACGAGCGAGCAACCGAGGACCGGACACGAUACCAGGGGCGCACACGAGCAGACUUUGAUACUCUACACCAGUCUGUCCACGAGUUCCGUGUCGUGGAUAGAUCCGACGCGCAUACUCGGGAGAUUCGGGGCGCGGAGCGGCCCUCGGCGCAGGCGACUUGGCCGGUUCAAGGGCACGAGCACGAGCACGAGCACGAGCACGAGCUCGACACUAAUACCUUGUUGAACCAGCUUUUCGCGGAAGUCAGCAAUAACCUCGACGAGCAGGGGGCCUGGUCUCAAUGGUGGCCGGCGAUUGAUCAGGUGGAUCUUUAA